ACAUGCCGUUCGCAACCCUCGCACACGCCGGCGCUCGCCCCGUGAUCGGCGGCGCCGCGACGCGCGUCGGCGACGGCCGUCGCGCCGCGUCCGCGGCGCCGACGCGCGCGGGCGGCGACGACGGCAAACAAAACGCGGUCCGCGCGGGGACGCUGCGCCUCGCGCGAAGCUCCGCGGACCUCCGCGCGGCGUCCGCGAUGACGCGCUCGUCGAGGACGUUCCGCGCGGCCGUCGACGGCGCGCGGACGCGCCCUCGCGUCUCUCGCAGGCACGCGGCGAGGAUGUGCGGCAUCAUCGGCGUGUUCCGCCAGGACGGCGCCGCGGCGCCGGAGCUGUACGAAGGGCUCCUCAUGCUCCAGCACCGCGGCCAGGACAGCGCGGGGAUGGUCACGUUCGACGGGUUGCGAUUCCGCGAGAGGAAGGACAACGGGCUCGUGGCGAGCAUCUUCGAUAAGCGCGCGAUGGACGCGCUGGAGGGGAGCAUCGGGAUCGGGCACGUGCGGUACCCCACCGCGGGAGGUUUAUCCGCCACGGAGGCGCAGCCCUUCUUCGUGAACUCGCCGCUCGGCAUAUACCUCAUUCACAACGGCAACCUCACGAACACGAACGAGCUCGAGCUCAGCCUCGGCGGACGCAUGAUGAAGACGAGCAGCGACAGCGAGGUCCUGCUCAACGUCUUGGCGGAGGACAUCUCCGGCGAGAUGACGGACGACCCGGAGGCGGACUUGGAUAAGAUCAUAUUCGACGCGUGCACGAAGACGAUGAAGAAGGUGAAGGGUGCGUACAGCUGCAUCGCGAUGGUGAACCAAGUCGGGCUCUUCGCGUUUCGAGACCCGAACGGCAUCCGCCCGCUCGUGCUCGGGUCGAGGAAGUCCGCGGAGGACCCGGAGAAGGACGAGUGGUGCGUCGCGAGCGAGGACAGCGCGUUCGGCCCGCUCGGGUUCUCGCGCGUCCGCGACGUGAACGCCGGCGAGGCGAUCCUGAUCACCCCGGAGGGAAAGAUGAUCUCGCGGCAGUGCGUGAACGGCCAAAUCUCGCCGUGCAUCUUCGAGUACAUUUAUCUCGCGCGGCCGGACAGCACGCUGAACGGGAUCAGCGUGUACGAGUUCCAGCUCGAGCUCGGGCGAAGACUCGCGCGGAGGAUCAAAGACCGCGAGGAGUGGGAGAUCGACGUCGUCGUGCCCGUGCCCGACGGCUCGCGUCCGAGCGCCAUCGAGAUCGCGCAGGAGCUCGAGCUGCCGUACCGCGAGGGGCUGGUGAAGAACCGGUACGUCGGUCGGACGUUCAUCAUGCCGGAUCAGCGCACGCGCGAGCUCUCCGUGCGACGGAAGCUCAACGCGAUGCGGAGCGUGUUCAACGGCAAGAAAGUGCUGCUCGUGGACGACUCCAUCGUCCGCGGGACGACGAUGUCGCAGAUCGUGCAGAUGUGCCGCUCCGCGGGCGCGACCAAGGUGUACCUGGCGUCGGCGGCGCCGCCGGUGAAACACCCCAACGUGUACGGCGUGGACAUGCCGAGCCGGGACGAGUUCGUCGCGCACAACAGAGACGAAGAGGGCGUGUGCGAGUUGCUCGGCGCGGACGGGCUGAUCUACCAGUCCGUCGCGGACAUGUUACAGGCGGGCCGGAGCAUGAACUCGCAGAUCGAACGGUUCGACGCGUCGUGCUUCGACGGCGAUUACGUGUGCGGGGACAUCGACGAGAAGUACCUGGAGAACUUGGCGAAGGGCGGGAGAGGGAAAGGGCGCAAGGGCGCGGCACGGUGAGGCGAGCGAGAGCGCCCGCUCGCCGCCUCGGGUCGCGAGCGACGCGACGGCCGCGACGCGGCGCGUAGUCACGCCUUCCAGUACUCGUGUCAUCACACCAUUCGUUUUUU